GUAUGAAUAAUCAAGCAGCACUUUUUUUUCAGGAAGAAUCCUCAUAAAUUAACAUGAGAGAGAAUUAUCCUCUAUUGUAUGAUUUACUUACAUUUUUGUGAGUGGUCGCGAAAAGUUUGGUCGGCUAUUUUGUGGUUGAAUUGCGCGCUUAUCUUCGAGGAGUAUGAGAAUUUAGUAACUUCAAAUUUCUCAUAGAUAGUUAGUUGGGUAGCAAAUCAAAAUCGAAAGCAGGGGAGGGGGGGAGAGGGGAAAGUGGAUUUGAUUUUUGAUUAAGUUAAACACCCGCCUGUGUGUCCAUUUUCUUUAGUUUUCUUUUAUUUAUGCUGAAGCGCCUCUUUUCCGUGUCUUCUGCGUGCCAGAAGAAACACUUUAAACCAUCGCCCAUGCCUCCUAAGAGCUCAAAACCAGCUCGGGCUGCUCCUCAGAAGGUAAAUAAAUAAACGGCGAGGUUAAGGACAGUCGGCUGCUGUGACUUUUGCCUUGUUUGGCUCGAUUGGCUAUGAUUACUGCGGUGUUGAGAAGAAGUGUAUUUGAAUUUUAAUGAAUGAGAUGGCCUCCCAAAAUUGCGGGACGAAGAAGCAAAAGCUAAAUAACUCAUCAAGCUUAGCAUGCAAUGGAUCAGCUGUGCCACCCAAUGGUUUGAAGAAUGGCACUGUCGCCCGGCCUGAGAUGUGUUUUUUUUGCUUUGAUGUACUUAAUUCUCACUUAAACUGCCUUGAACCACCCAAAGCUCCAGACUUCUGCAAUGACCCAUAUCCCAUUUUUGUGACUUGGGAAACUUCAAAGGAGAGACGCUUACGAGGCUGUAUUGGUACUUUUGGUGCCAAAAAUUUACAUUUAGGUUUGAGGGAAUAUGCAGUUACCAGUGCUGUGAAGGAUUCUCGAUUCAGCCCAAUCACUCAAGAUGAGCUUCCCAAGUUAAGAGUGGCUGUUUCAUUGUUACGUCACUUUGAAGAUGGCUCUGAUUAUCUCGAUUGGGAAGUAGGAGUGCAUGGAAUCAGCAUUGAAUACCACAGUGACAGAGGUGUCAGGCAUUCAGCUACUUAUCUGCCAGAAGUUGCUCCGAAACAGGGCUGGGAUCAGAUUCAGACCAUUGAUUCUCUUCUUCGUAAGGGUGGGUUUAAGGGAGCUGUCACCCCAGAGAUACGUAGCGCCAUCAAGUUGACUCGCUACAAGAGUGAGAAGAUUUCUGUCACAUAUGAUGAAUAUAUGGAGCACUGUCGUCUUCUACAAUCUCAAGCUACGGGAGCUAUUUCUGAAUGUAGUACAUCUGAAGGAUGUUCCUCAGAUAUGAUGGAUAUGGUUCCACAGAAACAGCUGACUGACUGGGCUGAAAACAGUGAAAAUAAUGUAAUUUUUGUUACAAAAACGGGAGAUAUUGCUGUGAAAAUACAUGCUAAGCCAGGAGCAAAGAAAAAUAACAUCACAGAUAUAAGUGAUGAGGGUGUUGGAGUACAGAUCUCUGCUCCACCAGUAGAAGGUGAAGCAAAUACAGAACUUGUAAGGUACAUUGCUGAAGUUCUAGGCCUAAGAAAAGGAGAUGUUAGCCUAGAUAAGGGUUCACGAUCAAGAAAUAAGACAAUCCUUGUUGCUCAAGGAAAAUUGAGUGCAGAAGAAGUGACUGAAAAGAUUAAAAGGGAAAUGGGCUCAAAUUAGUUUUACACAUCAUUGUAAUGGAGAAGUUGAAGUCAACUCUUACUUAAUGUAUGUAAAUACUGUAAUAAUAAUGUGGGUGCCAAACCUAAUGAGUGAUUGUGCCUUAAAAAUACAGUUUGAGGAACAACUGCCCUUUUCUUAAUCUUCAGUUUUGGAAGUUUAACUAAGUGGCCUAUUUAACUACCUUUGUUUGAUGUGUGAACAGAUGUCCGUACGUGUUAUUGCAUUGAAGCUGUAGAAUCUACCAGAAGUAGAUUUCUAUUUAUCAAGAUACUGAAAUGAAAUGUACCAUUAUCAAUAAUGUCUGUCCCUCCAUAAUCUAAUCUAAACUGUCAUGAAGAGAAUAUGAUCAUCAUGUGAUGAGUGUGUCUUUUUUAAAGUUUAUUAUUUUUAUCUACAGUUUUGUAGUAGUUGUUAUAUCAACUUCAGUUACAAGUAGGAGUAGUCAAUCUAUAAAUGCAAUUAUUGAAAAAUUUACAUUGUCUUUGUUGUCACUGAGUUUGGUUGUACUUAGCAGCAAACAAAGCUGAAAUUGUGUAUUGGACAGCAUUUGUAAACAUUAAAGCUAUUUUUCUUCAUUGAA